CUGCUUUUUUAUGUCUCACUAAGUUGGCCAGUAUUUGAAGAAGACCGAAGCUAUGCGCAUGUAGCUGAGGAUCAGCAAGCACGUUAUAUCAUUGAAUUCGAGCGCUGCUCCGAUGUCACUGGAAACUGUUACACUGUUUAUGAUACAAUCGAUGUUUUCACAGGUGAUGUGAAUCGUUUUCUGAUUGCUGAUGGUUAUCAAGAAGGACACGAAACAGCUGUUCGCCUUAUUCCGCCUGCCGGAAUCAAAUCGGAACAAUCGGAUUCGCGAUUUUGGCGCGUGAAUCAUACACAUAUCCAUUCGCAGUAUGUUGCAGUGAUGCUCACAGCCCCGUUCGCUCUCUCAUCAUUAUCGUUGUCCAGUGAUCAGCAGCUGAAUGCGAAAAUUCUCAUUAUCGGUCUUGGUGGUGGCAGCAUGCAUAUGUUUUUGACAAGUCAGUUUCCGAAGAUAACAGUUACUGGGGUGGAAUUAGAUCCAGUGGUAGUUGAGUUGGCAAGGCGAUGGUUUGGGCUGGCAAAAAACUCCAGCAAUGUACGUAUUAUCACAAUGGAUGGUGUGGAAUAUAUCAAAAAAGCAGCCAAGCGAAAGGAACUGUUUAACGUUGUACUGAUUGAUGCUUGUACAAAACGGGGCAUUUUGGCUUGUCCAAGUGAUCCAUUUACUCUACCGAAUUUUUUGAACUCUGUUAUGGAAAUUCUUGAACCUACAGGAGUUGUUGUAGUAAAUAUUUUAUCGCAUGAUGAUUCUUCGAACGAAGUUGAUGAGGGGUUGUUGUAG